CUACGUGCCGGCCGCGCCGGGGCUGAGGGGCGCCGCCGCCAGUGUCGGACGGGCCGUGCGGGACUGGGCUGGGCUGGGCCGGGCCGGGGCGAGCAUCUGGAGUAGCUGGACAGGGCCAUACAACCAAAACUCCUCGUCUUGUCUUGAGAGAGGCUUUCCCUGCUGCUCACAACCCUCUGUGCUGGAACUCCCAGGCUCCAUCAGUGCUUGCUUGCAGAGCUGUGGGUGCAAGUGCCUCUGACCACCAUGGGGGAUGCCAGCAUGGGAUCCAACAUGUCCCCUCCUGACAACACUGCCCAGCAAGACUCUCUCCUCAGCAUGACAGACGUUUUCCUCGUGUCACUCGUCACGGGGCUUUUCACUUACUGGUUCUUCUUCCGCAAGAAAAAGGAGGAUGUCCCAGACCUCCCCAAAAUGCAGACAGUAGCAGCUCCAGUGAGAGACAGCAGCUUCAUUGAGAAGAUGAAGAAGACGGGGAGGAACAUAGUGGUUUUCUAUGGCUCCCAGACGGGAACAGCAGAGGAGUUUGCCAAUCGCCUCUCCAAAGAUGCUCAUCGUUACGGCCUGCGGGGCAUGGCAGCAGAUCCAGAGGAGUAUGACCUGUCGGACCUGAGCCGCCUCUCUGAGAUCGACAAGUCCCUGGCUGUGUUCUGCAUGGCCACCUAUGGGGAGGGGGAUCCCACAGACAAUGCCCAGGAUUUCUAUGACUGGCUGCAGGAGGCUGAUGCUGACCUGUCAGGGCUUCGAUUUGCAGUCUUUGGGCUGGGAAACAAGACUUAUGAGCACUUCAAUGCCAUGGGGAAGUAUGUGGACAAGAGACUGGAGGAGCUUGGAGCCCAACGCAUCUUUGAGCUUGGGUUGGGAGAUGACGAUGGCAACUUGGAAGAAGACUUCAUCACCUGGAGAGAGCAGUUCUGGCCAGCAGUGUGUGAGUACUUCGGAGUAGAGGCUACAGGAGAAGAGUCCAGCAUCCGCCAGUACGAGCUGGUGCUGCACACAGAUGUGAACAUGAACAAAGUCUACACGGGUGAGAUGGGUCGUCUCAAGAGCUACGAGAACCAGAAGCCACCAUUUGAUGCCAAGAACCCUUUCCUGGCCCGGGUUACAGAGAACCGCAAGCUCAACGAGGGUGGAGAGAGGCACCUGAUGCACCUGGAGCUGGAUAUCUCCAGUUCCAAAAUCAGGUAUGAGUCUGGGGACCAUGUGGCAGUGUACCCAGCCAACGACUCCUCCCUGGUCAACCAGAUUGGUGAGAUCCUGGGCACGGAUCUGGACACAGUCAUGUCCCUCAACAAUUUGGAUGAGGAAUCCAAUAAGAAGCAUCCUUUCCCCUGCCCCACAUCCUACAGGACAGCCCUGACCUACUACCUGGACAUCACCAACCCUCCCCGCACCAACGUGCUGUACGAGCUGGCGCAGUACGCGGCGGCAGCGGGCGAGCAGGAGCGCCUGCGCAGGAUGGCCUCGUCCACCCCCGAGGGCAAGGCUCUCUACCUCAGCUGGGUGGUGGAGGCCAGGAGGAACAUCUUGGCCAUCCUGCAGGACAUGCCCUCGCUGCGACCCCCCAUCGACCACCUGUGUGAGCUGCUGCCCCGCCUGCAGGCUCGCUACUACUCCAUCGCCUCCUCCUCCAAGGUUCACCCCAACUCCAUCCACAUCUGCGCCGUGACCGUGGAGUACGAGACCAAGACUGGCCGCCUCAACAAAGGGGUGGCCACCAACUGGCUCAAGGGCAAAGUGCCUGAGGAGAAGGGGAGCAGCUCCCUGGUGCCCAUGUACGUCAGGAAGUCCCAGUUCCGCCUGCCCUUCAAACCCAGCACCCCCGUCAUCAUGAUCGGCCCGGGCACCGGCGUAGCCCCCUUCAUCGGCUUCAUCCAGGAGCGGGCCUGGCUCAAGCAGCAAGGCAAAGAGGUGGGGGAGACAGUGCUGUACUACGGGUGCCGGCGGGAGCAGGAGGAUUACCUGUACCGGCGGGAGCUGGCCCGCUUCCAGCAGGAGGGAGUCCUCACCCAGCUCAAUGUCGCCUUCUCCAGGGACCAGGCUGAGAAGGUUUAUGUUCAGCAUUUACUGAAGAAGAACAAGGAGAACAUCUGGAAGCUGGUUCAUGAGGGGAAUGCUCACAUCUACGUGUGUGGUGACGCCCGGAACAUGGCCCGGGACGUGCAGAACACCUUCUACGACAUCGUGGCUGAGUUUGGGGCCAUGAGCCAGCCCCAGGCCGUGGACUAUGUAAAGAAACUGAUGACCAAGGGCCGCUACUCCUUGGAUGUCUGGAGCUAAGAGUGGGGCUGGUGGGGCAGGGACAGAGCAGGUCCCUCAGUGUGGGCUCCAGUGGCUGCUUGCCCACGGCUGCUGUGGCUGACAGGGCUGUCCCCAGCCCACAGCUACCCCACUGUCACUCCCACCCCCUCCUGGGCCACAGCAGCCCCCCAGGGAGGGGAAGGGCAGGGGGGUAGCUGAGGAGCACCUCCUGACACCAGCACCUGCCCUGGGUCAGGGCCAUGGCUGCUGGGAGGCAGGAGGGAUGGAAGGUGCUGGGGUCCUUCCCUCACCAGGAGCUGUUGCCUUAUCCCUGGGGUUGGGGGGAGGAGCUGGCAGCCCCCUGCCUGGCGUGUGGGGUUGGUGAGAGGGCACAGGGCAGCAUCCUGUGCAGUCCUCCCCUCCUUCCCUCUUUGCCCAGCCCUAGGAGGUUGGGGCUGUACCCAGAGCUGCCCCCCACCACCAGCACCCCACAGGCCUCUCCCUUUCCUGCCUUGGCUCCAGCAGGCAGUGGGGAGGGGUUGGCUCCUCUUUCCCCCCCUCCAGCAGAGCCCUGGGCUGGGGGGUUUCUCAGUCCCUGGGGGCCCUGCUCCCUGCCCUGUGCCCAGCCCCCACCUCCUGCUGUGUAGGGUCAUUUUUUUAAACACAGUUUUUAUUUGAACAUCUUUGUGAUUUAAUCAUGGGAAAAACAACCCCAACCCCAAAGUCUCAGCUGGCCAAUGACUGUAAAUUAUUUAAGUACAUUUGCCCUUGGAAUAAAAAUACUGUUUCUGUA